AUGAAGCGUUCGACAAGAGUUGUAGCUGUUAGAGCUAAGAAAAAACCAAAUGGGUACCAAGAUUAUUCACAAUCCCAAACUAUUCAAGCAAAGCCUUUUAGUUCCACUGAUCUCAGAGUGAAGAAGUCAGACAUAGUGUUGAAUCAAUCAGAUCUGACAACAAAUAAACUACAGUCUCAGAGAUCGCCACCUUUAAUUCAUUUUGACUCGUUUUAUACAACAAGUCAUUCGAAAGCUUCAUUUUUAUCUCGCAUUGAACCAUUCUCAACAUCAAAGUCAUUAGGUGUCACUCCUAACAUAUCUUUGUUCAACAGCAAAGAGGCUGAAACUGGAAACCGAGAUCGAUAUGACUAUUAUCGUCGACGUCGCCGCCGUCAUUCACAUCCUUUGAAAGCAUUUUUUUCGUGUUGUUCGCCAUGUUGUUGCUUAGCAUCCAGUCUACUCCUAGCGUUGGCUCUUGCCAGUGUUGCUACACUGGUUGGACUAUUGCUCAUAAAUAAAUUGAGCACAACAACAAGAAUAACAUCGGCAUCAACAGCAUUCACAACUAGCACCGUGACUGUAGCAACGACGCUAACUAGUACCAGCACCAGCACCAGCGUCAGUACAACAACUAGCACCGUAACUGUAGCAACGACGCUAACUAGUACCAGCACCAGCACCAGCGUCAGUACAACAACUAGCACUGUAACUGUAGCAACGACGCUAACUAGUACCAGCACCAGCACCAGCAUCAGUACAACAACUAGCACCGUAACUGUAACAACUACAGAUACGACUACUGUCACAAUGACUACAGAAACAACUACACAGACGACAAGUAGUACAACUACUACAGGUAUUGUUAGUAUAUCUUCAACGCGAGGUAACUAUUAUGCUCGUGACGCCAUCGUUAUCAGUUGUUCAACUCCUUGGACGAACCUUACUAUUGAAAUCAUUGUACCGAAAACUGUUGGUGCAACAUUCAAUGGGCAAUCCAAUUCAUUUUCAACUGGACAAGUCACCCAGUCUUAUGUUGACACUGGCACNUUUGCCAUUCUUUUCCAGUCAUAUAUCUUCGUAGUUGAACAGCUGAUAUUUUAUUCUGUUUAUAAUCAUUAA